AAGAUGGCGGCUUCCGCUCGUUGCGCCAGUGCACUCUGUGAGAUCGUAGUGGACGGGAGCUGUCGAAUACGCCGAAGCCUCGAUUUUCUAGGCCGUUUGUAACACUCUAAAGGGAAAAAGGAAGGAUAAUAUAUAAUAGGAAGAAAGAAAAUAAUAAUAAAAAAAAGAGGACAGUGCAUAUAAAAGAGACGUGGAAAGUGUGAGAGGCAUAAGCAUAAUGUACAACGCACUUUUGCAUUGCGUUACGCAGUCCAAUACGACGCAUCAUAUUCCGUGGUUGGCGUCCCGGGACAGGGACAGCCGUGCGGCAUUGCCCCACCCAACCUCUUCGAACCGGCCAUGCUGGGCGAACCGAUCAAUACUUCGGCUCGGCCACGAGGUAAACCGAGAGAAACCGACUUGAGACGACUAGAACCGAACGAAGACGAGUCCCAGCACGAGGCACGCCGAGUCCCCACCACGAGCAGCGUUGCCGGCUCAGUCGUUGUGCGGGAGUGGUCACUGAGGGAUGUGUGGUACCGUAACUGAGUGUGACUGAGGAAAAAGACCCGGCGUAGUUUCUCCGCGUAAUACGCUCUCGCUCUUUACCCCCCAGACAAAAAAGAACUAGAAGUCUAGUCAAUUUUCGGCCCCCUUCCUAAUUUCGCGUGAAAUUACGGGAUACGCUGAUCGUAUAUUUAUUUAAGUAUUUAUUGUACAAAAAACUUUAACUAUAGAUCCGGCAACAGUGUCGCUGAGCCUCUGCUAACCUAAAGCCAGGUGAUUGCGCGCGAUUAAAUAUAGGACGUCGAAUACACCUACCGGUUUAAUAUUUCCGUCCGGGUUUCUUCGAAGAAGAAUUUGGCUACUUGACCUUCCAUCUGAUCUACAUAAAUCAUAUUUAUCGUGAUUGAAUAAUCGUGCAAUGAUAAGUAUUAUAUGAAAUAAUACAAAAUUUUCAAGAAAUCAAUAUAUGAUCACAUUAUAUUUUAUUCAAUGUUAGUUACAUCAAUAUAUAUCAUUUAUUCAAUAUAUUUAAUUGAAUCUCGAUCAAUUAAUAAGCUCACGAUUGAAUAAAAUUAUAUCGAAUAUUCGCAUAUCAAUGUGAUUUUCAGCGAGAGUGCAUAUUUUAUUAUAAUCUAUGAUUAAUGUUGGAUAUUACGUGAACAGCGUAUUUUUUUAUUAGCUCUUCCAUCCUCUAUAGAUUUUAUCCGACAUUAUUCUAUAUUAGUAGUUUCUAUAUUGAAUGUCACAAUUUGAAAAUAUGUGAAAAUCGUAUCUAUUAUUAAAAAAAGUAAAAAAUUCUUUUUUUUCGAUGUUUUUAAAGAUUCUAUUGAAUCGAACAAUUGUGACAAUAACAAUACAUAAUCAAUUUUUUCUAUAAUACAUAUACAAUUAGCAUUGUAAACAUUUUUAUAUAUUCGAAAAUUUAUAUAUACAUACAUUAGAAUUAAUCGCUUAGAAGAACUUUACAUCUGCGUAAUAAUAUGUACGUUUAUCAAUUCAUACGUAAAACACCGUUGUUCGUUGCCACUGUAAGUAGCACAGUAUAUAGAUAUUUUAUUCGAAGAAUUAAUAACGGACACACAUAUCGUACACAUAUUAGAUCGAUCGUUGCGUUCCAGCUUUUAAAAUACUCACCUUGAACACCAACAGUUGACGCUAUAACACUGUUUCGACAUUUUAACAAGCAAUAUAUAUCUUUCAACAAGUUUCAAACGCAUACAAUUGAUAUAUAUAGUAUAAAAUAAGUUUUAUUUUUUUAUGACAAUUUGAAGUUUUUUAUAAUGUUAUAACAAGUGACCCAUAGUCAUAUUUGUGUGAAAAAAAAUUACUAUAUAGAAUAGUUUUGUUUGAUCAAUAUCAUUUUUUCGCUUACGUUUAAUCCGAUAGUUCAAUGAUCAAUGAUGAAACGAUUCUACAUCAUAAUUAAUCUAUUUUGCAUAAUGUAGAAAACUGUUUCUUUAGUCUAUACUGAAUCUCUUUAGAUUUCAAGAUUUCGAAAUGAAUUGAACGGAGUUUGCGCGCUAUUUGCGUACGAGAAAGAAAGGAGGAUGAUCGAUACGAAAAGGAAUGGAAAACGAUUCUGCGUAAAGUCAAACGUAAGGCAUUCGUGGAAAAGCUUGUAAAGCGUAUUCGCAUUUGGUGUAUAAUCGCGAUUUGUUACUUCUUGAACCAAUUUUAAUUACCGUGUGUGUAUGUUAAUGGAUAUAACAUUUAGUUACGUUGCAAUGUCCUCGUCAUUGUGACUCAUUGGGAAAGAAUUGGGCGCCAUAACGUAAGAAUUUAACUGAUAUCGUGCAUUCUGUUCAGAUAUUUUUUGAUUAUGCUCCAUUAUAUUUAAUGUUAUAUAAAUUAACCUUCAAACUAUCGAAUUUGAAAAUAAUGAAAUAAAAUACAUAAAUAUAUGAAAACGAAACUCUGAGAAGUGUGCGCGCACGGUCGACGAACGUGAAGCGUGUGUAAAAGAAGUCGAGAUGUUUAAACGUGUGCCUACUACGGUUUGGCGUUGUAACGCGGUCCAAUCCAGUGACUCAUCGCUGCUAUACGAUUAUAUCUACGUAAAUAAAGAUCAUAGUGUAUUAGGAAUCGUGUUCUUUUCAUAUUUGUAAUUUGGAACGAUCAUUUUAUAUAAAAUUUUAAUUGUUAUUUUUACUUGUUUCCCUUCAAUUUUUUAAAUAAAAUUCUAAUUAAAUAUUAUUAAAUAUAAAUUGGAAUAAAAAAGGAUGAAAAAAAUUGGAUUAAAUGAAAAAUAUCGAAAGAAUUAACUAAAUUCUAGUUUUAUAUAAAAUAAUUUUAUAUUUUUUUUUGACACAAUUGCUUGAUCGUAAAAAAGAAAAGAUUAUAAAAAAUAUUAUCAGUGAAAUGUAUUCAACUUUUGAUUCUAUUGAAAAGUAAAAAUUUUUUAUUCAAUGUUAAAAAUGCAAGACGUUCAUGGUCAAGGUCGACAGAAGCUAAACUUCUCUUUCGGGUAAAUCUAUUGUCAAUGAUCGUUAGAUGAUCAUGCUAAGUAAAAGGAAAUAUUUCUGACUACACAUUAAUAGAAACGGCUGUUUACAAAGAAUCUUUGAGAAAAGAAAUUCUUUUCGUAGAUUCUAGAAUAAAGAAUAUAAUAACUUGCUAAUGCUUAUGUGCGAACGAGGCCAGUUAGAUUGGACAACGCGUGUGCAGCUCGUGUACUUAUAUACGUCAUCUUGUGUUCUAAACGCGUCGGUGAAAUCUAUUCUCACACGCGUACCAGCGACUCCCGGAUAGACGAGAAAAGGAACUUGACGACAUUGAAGUCGCGUGUUAAUUCAACUGUGUUGCACCGUUACAUUUGUAUUACAUGUGCGUUACGCUUCUCUUCCUUCUUCCUUCUCCCUUCUCCCUUCUCCCUUCUCCUUUUUCCUUUCGGAUUUAAAACAAUUUCUUUCUAUAUUUUCUGAAUUUAUUAUGAAUUAUUACGAGGUAAUUUUCUGAUUAUGUCGAAUAUAUAUAUAUACACAUAAUAUAUCCGAGAUUUUUGUUGUUUAGCCAACAGAAUGUCUGUGGACAAAGAAGAAUUGGUACAGCGUGCAAAGCUUGCCGAGCAGGCAGAAAGGUAUGAUGAUAUGGCAGCCGCAAUGAAGGCAGUCACCGAAACGGGAGUCGAGUUAUCGAACGAAGAAAGGAACUUGUUGUCGGUAGCAUACAAGAAUGUCGUUGGCGCAAGACGUAGCUCGUGGCGAGUAAUUUCCUCCAUUGAGCAGAAAACUGAAGGUUCCGAGCGUAAACAGCAAAUGGCCAAGGAAUAUCGGGAAAAGGUCGAGAAGGAGCUACGUGAAAUCUGUUACGAUGUAUUGGGACUCCUUGAUAAGUACCUGAUCCCCAAGGCUAGUAAUGCCGAGAGUAAAGUAUUCUACCUCAAGAUGAAAGGCGACUACUACAGGUAUCUCGCAGAAGUUGCUACCGGAGAAACUAGAAAUGCCGUGGUAGACGACAGCCAGAAGGCAUACCAGGAUGCGUUCGAAAUCAGCAAGUCAAAGAUGCAGCCUACCCACCCAAUCAGGCUAGGUCUCGCCCUCAACUUCUCCGUUUUCUAUUACGAGAUCCUCAACUCUCCAGACAAGGCCUGCCAGCUGGCCAAACAGGCGUUCGACGAUGCGAUCGCAGAGUUGGACACACUUAACGAGGACAGCUAUAAAGAUUCCACGCUAAUUAUGCAGCUUUUACGCGACAACCUCACUCUUUGGACCAGUGACACGCAGGGUGAUGCGGACGAAGCACAGGAGGGUGGAGAUAACUAACCUUCCUAAGCUUAAGUCCUUUCUAACCUAAUAAGAACAUCUAUUCUCUAUCGUCCCCCCGUCCCUUAAAGUGCUCACCCAUCCAUCCACCCGAGAUCGAUUUAUCCAUUCGCCUGUCCUUUCGUCCCUCGCGUACCUCGUUUCCUUCUUCCUUCUUUUCUUCUUUUCUUCUCCCCUUCAUCCUUUCCUCCUCUUUUGUCAUUUUUUUCCCUUUUUUCCAUUCCGUUUACCAAUCAUCCCAUUCUAUCUUGAAUUGUCCCCUUAUUUUUCCAUUUUAUUAUCUCAUUUCGUUCUUUGUAUUUCCUUUUUUUUCUUCCUUUUUUUCUUUCUUAUUUCCACAUUCAUCAAAAAUAUCAUCGUCCUUUUUCGAAUCCUUAUUUCCUUAUUAUCUCCUCGAAAAUCGUGACGUGACCUGUUUGUUCCAAUGCGACCGCACAUUGCUGCCAAUGCCACCGCCACAGCUGUUAUGCCCGAUUCGAAAGUUUGAACACGAAAAAAUCUCGCUCUCGACCGUAUCCUUUCCUAAGGGAUCGAUUCAUGUGGUGGUCGCUGAAUAUAAUACCCGUUAUUGCCACUCGUCGAAAAAAAAUUUUGAAUUUGAACAUUCAAGGAGAGUGUCAAUCUUAAAAGAGAGGAACAGGGAGAGGGGGAUUAGAGAGAGAGAGAGAGAGAGAAAGUAUGUGUGUAUGUGUGUGUGUGUGAAGAGAGAGAGGGAGAGAGAGAGAAAAGAAAAAAAAGAGAAGUAAAAACGAAGAGAAAGUAAUAAAUGGCAAAGGUAAAAAUAUUAGUAAAAUUUAUGUGAAAUUAACUUAGGAUAUUGCGUUGCCAUACUCAUAUACGGCUCUUAAUGAAAGGAAACGGUCGAGUUGUGAGAAUUAUUCAGUUUCUGGCAUCAAGUUUAUUCAAAAGAAGCGUAUUGACUCAUUUUUGUGUGGAAGAGAGAAGGAGCAAAUUGUGAAUAAACAGAGGAAAGGACAGGAAGGAUUUUUGCAAACAUUAUCUCGUCGUACAACGUCAUCGAAUGAUAUAUAGCGUAGAAUGGUAUAAAAAAUGGUGAAGUUGUAUAUGCAAUUAUGAGAGAUAAUAAUGCUGUCGAAGCUACUAGUCUUUGGAAAAUAUAUAGAAUACAGAAAAAUGUAUCGAUUUCGUUGUUGGGACGAGAUAUGGAGUGUAAAAAAAAAACAGCAAAAAAAAAAAACACUGUCACUACUCCCAGAUCUGCUCACUAUUUACCAUCUAAAGUAUUGCUAAACAAAACAGAGAUUCGAGAAGAAAUGAAGUGAAAGAAAAAAAAGCACGCAUGAAUCUAAUUACAUUAUAUCCAGUUGUCAUUAAAUUAAAUUUCACAUUGUCUAGCAAGUACGAUAUUAUUAUACGAAGGGAAGAACGCAGGAGGAGAAAGGAGAGUAAAAAUACAUUAAGUUAUUAAGUUCCAACACAAAAA